AUGUGCCCCUUUACCUUACCACUAGAGUCUUUUUAUGGUUACAGUGUUGUAGAGCCAGCAACCACUGAACGAGAGCAACCAAAUGAAAUGGCAUUCAUGGCAGGAGCUGGGGUAACGCAGGUCGUUCAGAGAUGCGAAUCUGCAAAGGUUUCUGGCAAUCUUGAUCUUUCGGGAUGCAGUUUAACAUGUGUUCCGAACGCCGUUUAUUUCAUCCUAAAUGGUUUCGAUAUGCACAGUUGCAAUCUACGGAGUAAUGCACUAAAAAGUUUUCCGAAAAAAGUUAUCGAGAAAUUUACUAAGUUAAUUGGCAAGUUGUAUUCUGUAAUUUUAGUGUAUAGUAUUUUAGCCGAGAGAGAAGUUUUCAGCAUUGAAGACAACGCAGUUGAGGAGAUACCGGAAGAAGUUGCUGGGUGGAAAACUAUUAGAGGUCUGAACUUCUCAAAGAAUAAGCUAACAGUGUUUCCAGAAGCUUUGUACGACCUUGAGCAGCUAAGUAUACUUGACCUAAGCAAGAAUAAUAUAACCGACCUGGAUGUCAGUCGGAUUUACGAGUCGUUUCCUAUGUUAACGCAGCUAAAUUUAGCAGGGAAUCCACUUCAAGAGGAAGUAAAGAAACAGCUUUCCAAUCAUGAAAAAAAACCAAAGUUGUUAAAGCUUAUAAUUGAAUGA